AAAAUAUUGAUGCCAAAAUAGCAGUUUUAAUCCAAAAGACCAUACUAUAAGAUAUCAUAAUAGAAUAAGGAUGCUUUGAAAACUUUAGUAUUCCACUAAGGAUUUAGUAUCAAACAAGUAAUACAAUUAUGAUAUUCUUUUCAGGCUGCUCAUACACUAUCAAUAAAUUACACUAGUGCUAAGACAACUAUCCUCUAAUUUAGAAAGUCAUAGAAAAGAAGGAAUGUUAAAUAUUUAUCAAUGAAACCUUGUCUUGUUAAAGAGGCUUCAAAAUAUAAAUAUAGCCUUAAAAUAAUUUCAUAAACUGGUGGAGUGAAAGUAGAUGAGAAGGACUAUUGCUUAAGAUGA